AUGGAACUGAAAGUCCCCAUGGCCAUGUCCGAUAGCUCGAGUGAAGAUGAGGUUGAUGUAUUGCAAUUGAUAAAUCCCAAAGCGAGCAAGGCCAAAACGAAAUCGCCGACGCCGGUGUCCAAAGCAGAGACCCACCUUACCAGAUCGAGUUCUCUACCUCCGUUGGUUAUUCGAAAUCAAGCCAAAAGACUAACCCGGUCUGAAACGUCCCCGUUUCGGAGCUCGAGUGACGAUGAGUUUGAACUUGAUAUUCCUGCCAUCUUUAAGACCCAUGCCCGGGAUAACGAAAGAUUACUAAACAACCAUGAUAAAUUACAAGAACAGAUUGAUCGAUCAAAUGAAAAAGUUAAGCGAGAAUAUCAGGAUAUAUUGCAAAGGAAAACCGCAUUGAUAGAUGAAUUGAAUGAUAAUGGUUCGAGGUACCGGUAUUCAUUAAGUAAUAAUGGACAUAAAUCAUUAAUUGAAUCGUUGGUUAAAAAAAGUUUAAAGAAGAAUGCUGAAUUUCAGUUGAACAGACACUUCUUUUUCAUGAAAGAUGUUUAUGAAGUUGAUAUUGAAUCUGAUUUCAAAGUGUCGAAAGCCUCAAUCCCGUUUUUGUUCAAAGACGAACAAAGUUUAUCCAAUUUACUUAAUAUGACCGAUUUGAAAAAUAUUCUCGAUAUAGCCCUUUGCAAGAUCGACGACUUAAACACGUUGAAAGUUGUUCAAGAGUUUUUCGUCAAACAGAAUGCCAGGAGAUUUGGUGACUUUUCAAAAUAUGUCGAAGUCCUAGGAUGUAACACGCCUUUGCAAGACCACCAUACAAUUAAGCUAGUGCAGUACAAUGGUCAUACGCAACUAAGUCUUUAUCGAUUAUCGUUAGUGUUUUUAUACUAUGCCAGCGGGGCAAUUGACGAAUCAUUAUAUGACUCGAUGGUUUCGUGUUUUAUAAUGAUUGUUUCUGAUUUCAACGCCAACCAAUAUCCGAUUGACUUAGUAAACGUUUUCAUUAAACCAGUUUUCCGUCAAUUGGUAUUGAAAGGACCCAAAGUUAAUCGAUGGUUACAAAACAUUGAUAAAAUCAACCCAGUUCUAUACAACGGGAAACCAAUAAGUCAACUAAUCAAGUACCAAUUGCAUUAUAACUUAUUAAGGCUACUUGACUUAAGUUUCGAUCGUAACGAACCCAUGCUAAUCCACUUGACUAUAGAAAACUUGAAAAGAGCAUUUAUUGGAAUACCACCAAUCGAGAUACCCAAUACCGAUAUUUUUGUUAAUAUGAUGCAACUAGAUACCUCGAUUGAUUUCACCCCGGACAUCCCAACAGUAAUAUCUGUUUUAAAAGAACUAAAUAAAAUAGACGUCCCCAAAUUGAUGAGAACUCCAAGCUUCCAAUCAUCAAAUUGUUUCUACCAGGUCUACUUCAGAUUACUAGCCGUCAACCUAGUGUUUGCCAAAACAUUCACCAACAACCACAACAACCUACAAAACCAGCAAAACUACACCCAGAUUAAAAAACAGAACUAUACAAACUUAUCAAACAUCUGCAAAAUCCUCCAUCAAAUGAGAGAUAACUUCCAUAACCAAUCGGCCGGUAUUCUAGGAUUACCAAACGAAAUCAAUGAGUUCUACGAUAAAGAUACAAUCUCAAACAUGGUCACCGACAUCUACUAUCUUCUCAACUACCUCCACACCAUCCUAAAGAAAGACACCCAACUAGUGCAAAACGACGUCUUCUAUGACUAA